UUGUAUUCGAGUAUACAAGUAUGCCAAAGGGAUGGUACUUCGUCCCCUCUUAUGUUCUAGAAAUCUACUUUUUUUAUACCAAAGGAUUUUAACCAACCACACCUGCUUACAACGCCCAUACUCUACACUAUUAAACACCUCAUUUAAAAAAUCACUCUUGGAAUACUCAUUGACAAAAGAUAUCAAUGCACUCAUCAAACAGUUACCUACACAUGGACCAGAAUCUACAUCGGCAUAUUUAUAUAAUGCUGCAUUAAAUAAAUGUGUAAAGAUUCGACAGUUUGAUCACAUGGACCAGAUUAUGACAUUGAUGAAAGAAAGAGGAGUACAAAUGGAUAGAGCAACAUACAACAUUUUAUUACGAAUCGAAUUAGAGCAGCCAAACAUUACACAAGAAGAUAUGUUCAAACUGUAUCAAAAGAUGAUAUCUCAGUCCAUUCGUCCGAGCAUCGUCACAUUCAACACGUUUAUAAAGUACACCUGUCAACACAAACAUUGGGAAGCGCUUCCACAGUGGCUAAGCCUGAUGGAAGAACACGGUCUGAAGCCAAAUAGAAUUACUGCACAAACGAUAUUUAAAUGUCUUGUUCUAAAUAUGAACGAUCCAUUUUUAUCAGAAGCGUUUGAUAAAGUAUCAUCUGCCGUGCCAGAAGCGAGUUAUGAGAAGGAAUCAUUUUGGAAUGCGGCUAUUGUUGCACUAGUCAAGGACAAUAAGGCGGAUAUGGCAUUAGAUAUACUCAAUAUGAUAUUUAGUAAAGAAAAGCCGCAGACGACUGAUACUUACAACACCAUGAUCUUGACGCUUUGUCGUCAAGGUAACCUAGAAAGCGCGCAUCAAUUGUUGGACUCGAUGAUACACAAUAACAAGAUACCCAACCCUGACAUCAUCACAUUUACUACUCUGAUUCAUGCCAUUGUUAAACAAGGAGGAGAUGAAGUAAAGCAAUUGGAUGACAUUGUGAAAUUAUAUAAAAAACUACAAGAACAAGGCUUACGAUCAAACAAUGUAUUAAAUUCAGUCCUGCUAGCCUAUUUUGUAAAGAACCAACACUUGCAUAAUCAAAAGACAGUAGAGAAGAUGUAUAGGCUUGUCUUGAGCAAUAGAGAUGAAGCAAGAAUUCAAAGCCAACCUGGUGAUGUUGAACUUGUCGAAAUGUACAUCUAUAACAUGCUGAUUGAUUUCUACUUCUCUCGUUCUCGUUUGAAAAAGUCAGGGCGUAUUCCUGAACAGCCAUUUGUAUUACUGAAGCAUGCUAUGAACCAAAGAAAGCUAAAGCCGACUACUUCUACCAUGAACAUAUUCGUGCGAGGCUUGGCUAUAUAUCAUAAUGAUCUGAAAGCAGCAGAGACAACAGUGAAUCUUUUAAUGGCAAAAGGUGUGUCCUGGAAUGAGAGGACGAUAUGGUUACUGGCAAAAGCAGCAUUUCAACAAGGCAAAAAAGAUAGAGCGUAUCAUUGGAUUCAGACAUAUGAAAAAGAAAAUGUCAUCAAAGGAGAUGGCUUACUAUAUCUCAAAAACCUGUACAAAUUGUAA